AUGCGUGAGAAAGAGCUGCUUGGUGUGGAUAACCCUUCUGGUGGCGAGCGGCCCGAGAAAGUGUUUGUUGCGCUCGGCCGAGCAUAUCGACGCCUCAUCUCGCUCUACGACGAACCAAGAGGCCUCGUCAACGAGUAUGACAAGCGCCUUGACGCUGAUGAGCUAACAGAUUCCGACGACGAAAGAAGUACUGCCUCGCGUCAGGGAGCCAGUGAUUCCGAACAGUCCGCUGAUCGACUGUAUCGUGGAUACAAAGCUUUGCGGGACCGGAUACCCGAAUCCAUCAAGUACCUGGAUCGGGCUGACGUCUCACCAACAGACAUCAAUGUGAUGUUCAAGGCGCUGAAAUUGAAUGGCGACAAAGCGCGCUCUGACGACACGUCGACGUUGAAGACCCGUGUUAUCUUUAUGCUAUCGACACUCUACCCAGAUAGUGAGAGCGCAAAGCGUCUCCUGCAAGAUCCAAGGUCGAAGCACAUUCGUGGCUUGCAGAACAAUACCACUGCGGAACUGCUUUGUCCCGUUGAUUGGGACUGGAACGACGAACCGACGCGCAGGAAGAUCAAGAAUCGGGAGCCUCCAUUUCACAUCAGCAGUGCUGAUUACCCAAGGUUCCUCUUCGAUCUCGGCAACAUCGACCACGACGACCUCGAGAAAAGCCUCUUCCGUGGUUUAUUGCUCCUGAUGGCAUACAAAUGUGUCUUCACAUCACCUAGCUCAGCCACCGAGGGGCUCGAAGACGAAGACGAAGACGCGAACGCAGAGAACGACGGUCUGUUGUCGGCAGGCCCACUCCAGAAGAGGAGGAGGACAGCAUACUCGCGGUGGCAGCCACCACCCAGGACCCGAUCAUCUGUGGCGGAGAUACUGAAUAUGAAGGAGGUUACUGGCCGGUCGAUCGCAUACAUUUGCGUGCAGGUUCAUUUCGCAUUGAAUGACAUCGGAUCGUGGAGCCGAGAUAUCGUUAACUUCGAUUACGAAGCAUUCUACAACAACAUUGUCGAUUACUUCGAACACCCUCCUGGUCCUCGAGCCGAAGAGAGGGUGAAGGAGCUGCUUAACUGGUGGACCGAGGCCAUAUUCGGUAAGGUCCGUGCAUCUUCCGACACCUCUCGGUCAACCGGUGGCUCCGUCGCUAGAAUUGCGACUCAGCGUCUCGCAAAGGAAACUAUGUAG